CCUUGAAAGGCUCUGUAGCCUGCAUCUCUGUCUCCUGGACGCCUGUUACUGAACCGAUCAUUUUAACUCUGUUCAUAGAGUUCAGAAGUAGGCCUCUUCAGUUAAAAAUAGUCCCUGUUGUGUCAUCUGUCCAGCGGUAGAUUACGGAAGAUUAAAAAGGGAUUGCGGUCUCUCUGACAGCGGCCCCCAAAAAAGCUCAUCACGCUGUGCCUAUGGUCCAGUGGCCUGCGGAUCACCCCUGUCUCCAUGUGAUGCUUAACUUCAGGCUUCUGCAGACCCAUUGUGAAGGCAGCACAGUGUUCACUGAAUAGUUUUGCAAGAAAUAUGCUUUCAGCUAAAUUGGAUGCUUAGCACAGGCGCUCAUCGGAUGGAGAGACGGAAGCACCCUGAGAACAGGCCUCUGAUGUGGACUCCACACUGGACAGUGGUCAAGGUUUUCACUUUAAGUUCUGAAUGUAAAGUUGUGUACAUCGGUACAUUACACAACACUAGUAACGCGUCACGGUCUUAUAAAGCAAUACCAUUUUUUAAAAAUCUCCAACAGUUAGUGUUUCGUCACUGAAAUCAGGAAAACUCUAUGGUCUUGGUUAAUCACAUGGCUAGGGUGCACUGACUGCUCCAAAACUUUAAAAUCAUUUAAAUGAGCACUAGGGACCUCAAAGGCUGAGUAGAAAUAUAAAUUGUGUUCCUGGAAGCAAAUGAUGGAUGAACUCAUUUACAUGAAAGAGUACGUACGGUCCAAAGGAAGCAAGAGACCAACGAUUUGUCAAAACAAAAUUAAGGAGGAAAGGGACAUUUGAAAACAACUAGAAAUUGUAGUGACAUAAUAUUUUUUUCAGGAAACCAAUCCCAUGACAGCGUUUGCCAAGCUGUAAAUGCGAAAUACAAAUAUAAAUGGAUCUAUUGACAUUGGGGGGGGUUAAUUUGCUUUAAUUAAAAUCACAAAACUGAAAAUUUGGUUAGCAAAAUUUUCAAAUAGCCACCAUGUUCAGGAUCGAAUUGGGUUCUUUUUAGCUUGAUGGCUCCAUUAAAAGAUAAUACAUCUCCGAACCAAGAAAUGGGUACACCCUUCCUGCCCCAGAAAUCCCACUUCGCUGAAAAGAUGGUUUGGGGGCUGGGAGGUGGGGGGGACUGCAGAGGACUCUAGGACCCAGCAGGCGGCAGCAGGCGGCGGUGUAUGGAUCGCUGAGAGACUCGGAGGGUCCGGCUCAGUUUUAAUUCUCCUCUAAUCUCUGCUACAGCAGAGCUUCCCUUCCCGGGUCCCGGCGGUGGUUUCUGCUCCCGCUCAGCGGCAAGCCCGCCAGCCGCCAGGCGAGCAUCCUAGCCGCCUCCACCCAAUCACCCACCAUGGACAGCCUCCAAGAAAAAGUGGCUUCGGACGCGCUUGCCUGAGAAUUCCGCACAAAAGAGGCGCUCAAAAUGAAGACCCUGAUGCACCAUGGUCUGGCAGUGUGUUUAGUGCUUACUACCAUGUGCACCAGCUUGUUGCUCGUGUACAGCAGCCUCGGCAGCCAGAAGGAGCGGCCCCCGCAGCAGCAGCAGCAGCAGCAGCAGGCGACUGUCAGCAGCGCACAGCCAGUGGAGAGCAGUCCCCAGCCACGUAGAACCGCCCCUGCUGGACCCCGGCAGUUGGAUGGAUACCUCGGCGUAGCCGAUCAUAAGCCCCUGAAAAUGCAUUGCAAGGACUGCGCCCUGGUGACGAGCUCAGGGCAUCUGCUGCGGAGUCAGCAGGGCCCCCAGAUCGACCAGACGGAGUGUGUUAUCCGCAUGAACGACGCCCCCACCCGAGGCUACGGGCCUGAUGUGGGCAACCGCACGAGCCUGCGGGUCAUCGCGCAUUCCAGCAUCCAGAGGAUCCUCCGCAACCGCCACGACCUGCUCAAUGUGAGCCAGGGCACCGUGUUCAUCUUCUGGGGCCCCAGCAGCUACAUGCGGCGGGACGGCAAGGGCCAGGUGUACAACAACCUGCAGCUCCUCAGCCAGGUGCUGCCCCGGCUGAAGGCCUUCAUGAUCACGCGCCACAAGAUGCUGCAGUUUGAUGAGCUCUUCAAGCAGGAGACGGGCAAAGACAGGAAGAUCUCCAACACAUGGCUGAGCACUGGCUGGUUCACCAUGACAAUUGCUCUGGAGCUCUGCGACAGGAUCAAUGUUUACGGCAUGGUGCCCCCCGACUUCUGCAGGGAUCCGAAGCACCCUUCAGUGCCGUACCAUUACUACGAGCCUUCGGGACCCGAUGAAUGUACAAUGUACCUCUCCCACGAGCGAGGACGCAAGGGCAGUCACCACCGUUUUAUCACAGAGAAGCGGGUAUUUAAGAACUGGGCGCGGACAUUCAAUAUCCACUUUUUCCAGCCAGACUGGAAACCAGAAUCGCCCGCUGAGCACCGUGGGGAGGACAAGCCCGUGUUCUGAGGCGUGCACCUGGCAGACAGCAAGGCGUGGCGUCCACGCCAUCAGCCAGGAAAGGAAGGACCUGAACCCCCGGCAGGGGAUGGGAACUGGACAGCGGUGCCCUUCAGCACCACGGACAGAGCCCCAGGGCCAGAGAAAGUUUCAGAAUGUAUACAUCCUAAUGAGUGUCCCGUCUCCGAAAGAGGAGCUGAACCCUCGAUUCCGUGACACUGCCAUGGCUAGGGACACUCCAGGGUGGAAGUAUUGCCUUCGAAACCGAAACAGGAGCAGCCCAACCCCUUCCAUUGCAUUUCUUCACAGACGUCCGCCUGACCCAUAGUCUUUGCCAUUAGUCAGACUCUGUGAUUUGUAAAAAGCCUGAAAAGUACGGACAUGUUUCUGAAGAGUACAUCUCCAAUGAUUUUCAUAAAGCAAAUGUCUGCUAUUUAUUUAUUAAGAGUUUUUUAGUGUACUCUAGGCAGUAUUUUUAUAGAUUAUGUGGCAAUUUAUUCUUCAUGACUCUUUAACCCUGAUGGUGGUUGGAAAGGCCUAGAAUCAGGCUGAUGAGUUACUCCAUUCACAACGCUCAUUAUUAGCUUGAAGUCAGUGUGUGACAUGGAAAUGUGCGGCACUGUUUGAACUCCCCCCCCCCAGCUCCAGGCAAAUUGCUCUUUCAUAACAAGAGCAGCUACAACACUUUCUAAUGUACAUAAAUGUUCAAAAGAACACAAUUGAAAACCAAAAACUAUGUUAUUAAAACAAAAAGAUGCUAAUGAGAGGAACUCAGAGAUACAAUAGCUUUCUUCAGCAGCAACAGAUACAAGCAAUUUCUCAUUAAGUUCUGCUUGCCUCAUCUUCAGAACGUACCAGAAGAUCCCUUGAGCUCUUCUUGCAAGUCUAAGAUCGUACAAGCCCCUAGCUGACCUCUAUGGGGACUGCACACUUGGACUGCCGGGGCUCUGACAGUAGCCGGAAACUUCAAGUCAGGGUGAAGAUGUUAGGGUCCUCUGGUGGAAAUCGGGUUUCCUCUCGGGCCUCUCUUGCCUAAACUCCAUUCCCUUGCCUCACUAAGAAAGUGAGAGACGGCGCGAGGAGUGGAGGCUUCUAGAUUCUCCCUGAGUAUGAGUGCCAAGAGCUGCCCUUUUCCGAGAAGAGAAUGCAAAGAGAUCCACCAGGUCACAGCUCACUGUCCCAUGAACCGUUCUGGCCCAAUGGGGGCAGGUCUUAGAAGUAAUAUGAAGGAUUCACUCACUCACUCACUCCAUUCAAAUCCAAGAUCAAUAGGAUUACAGAUUUUCAUUUUAAAGAGUCAUAUUGCUAAGAACAGUAAGAAUUAUACUAGAUUUUUCCUUGCACACUGCCAAAGGAGCAUUAGUGUCUCUAGUGACAGAUCUGAGGGCAGCAGCUGAUGGCACGAGGGAACAGGCAUUGCUUUACACACGGGACAGGGCCUGCGAUUAAAGGUGUUUCACAUCGCCGGUUCUUUCCCCGUCUUCGUUAGUGAUGCUGUCCCUCUCCCUUUCAUUAAUCAGGACUAUUAAUUAUGCAGAGCACCAUUGUGGAGAUGCAAAUACAGUUCAGGUAUUCAGACAGCAAAAAAACAAACAAAAAGUAUUAUUGAGGUAUGGUAUGGCUUGAGUUAUUAAAAGUCAGUAAAAAGAAUUUGAAGGUGCUAUCUGGGUUCUUUCCUCGGGUGCCUUCUGAAGGUUUUGUAGGAAAACGAAUUUUAUUCUGCCACAGCGGAACCUUCUUCUUAUGAACAUAAGAGGGGUGUGAACUACACUCAGCUGAUUGGCGGGUCACCAUCACAGUUCCUUGAAGAAAUUGUCUGUUGAAAUGCAAGUGGUUCCUUUAACAAUUCCUAUCCUUAGGGAAAUCUGGAAAAGCCUACACGCCAGAAUGCACCUUUGCCACCUGAUCCUCUAUUGUACAUGUUUGAGUAUUUUUAGGUUUUGUGGGUUUCUUUUUUUUUAAAGGAAGAAAAAUACCAUAAGGAACAUCAAGAUAAGCCCAUCUUUUGUUGAUUUCCUCCUCUCAAAUGCUCAAAAGAACAAGAAGCAAGCAAAUGCCCAGAAUCUUGGCUCUUGCACAGGAAAAUAUCUUAAAUUCACAUGUAGCUACAAUAUGUGACUUCAUUAUUAAAAAAAAAAACAUGGUGUAGCUAAGUGUAAGAAAUUAUCACUAGGGUCAUGGUUUUACUGCAGUAUUAAAGAAAACGCCGAGAGCUCUGGCGGCUUGCGCUGAUGGACCUGGUUGUGGGCAAUUGAAUUCAUGUCUUACCACUAUCAUUUCACAACUGUCAGGCUUAAUGCCAUUCAACACCAUUAAACAUAAACUCGGAUAUAAAAGACUCGAAACCCUGUUUACAGACUUCAUGAUUUCGGGAUAUGGGAAGUCUCAGUCACACUUGGCGUGUCCCAUACCUUUUUCUUCUCUCCCCAGUGGCAUCAUCAGCCUCCUCCUAGCUUUUAAGACCACAGUAAUAUGAUGCCACAGCUGGCCGAUCCAUGGCUUCUGUUAUUUCAACACAAGAACAUUUGGCAGAGGCCAUUACAAUAGAUAGCCAUUAUGGGCAAAGAUACAGGGACUCACAAACAAAAUCAAUCACUUCAAAUGGCCCAUAAAAAGAGGAAUCUCACAUUUAAUAUUCUACAGUAAAUAUUCACCCAAGAAAGCACACAUUAAGGGAACAUUAGGAGGUAAAUAGUCAGCGUGCCGCGUGGGGACUCGGCUGUGUGACUCCGGUUCCCACACACGGGCAUCAGGGAGCUCAGCCCUCUGCUCUGAUCUCACCCUGCUCUAUACUCCUUAGGGCUAAGGCGUAGACACAGAUUGAUUCAGGGGCACACGGGUCCUAAGAGGAUGGGGCUCAGUGGUUCACAAAACUAAAGGAAAGCAGGCAGCAAAGUCCUGAGCCUAAAGGGUAAGCGAUGCGGCCUCUUGGAAGCUAUCUAGAGACAAGGCACCUCUUGUCUCCCCAACUCUGAGACACCCAAAUGACCUUAAAAUGGAGACAUGGUCUCAUGUCGAAAUAAACACUGUAUUUCAACUUUCGCAUGGCAAUUCAGAAGGAUGGUAGGGAGUGGGAGGGGAUGGAGAGUCCCUUUAGGAUGAAGACGGCGCUGUCUAAGCACCUACGCACCCCUUGUGAACCUCCCCACAUGUUCACCCCGGCUGAUGACCCUGGGUCUCCCAGGGGAAUCCCACCCCAACAGAUGCUUCUCGCCUGGUCGGUAAAUUUCACACCGGUUACUCCCCUGCCUCAUCUUCUCUCCUGGUCGGUACAUUUCACACCGGUUACUUCCCUGCCUCAUCUUCUCUCCUGGUCGGUACAUUUCACACCGGUUACUCCCCUGCCUCAUUUCCUGCUUCUCUCGAGCCCCCAUCUCUUUGACAUCAGCCCAGAUCCUCCUGUCUGCUAAAACCCUCCAGCGUUGUGUCGGAAGGUCUUCCCGGUGCGCUGUUAACUCUAGACCUGUCUGGGAACAGAUUCAGUGUGGGGCCCCCGAGAGCAGUGGCGUGGUGGCUGCCCCCUAGAGUCUACCCCACUCCAAGGCAAAGGUGCUGUAGAUGUGCCUGCUGGCUGGCCUAGAUUGGGGAAGGAGGGGGUCAUCUAGAACAAAGCGGGGCAGAGUGUCACUUUCUCUGAAGUUUCUCAAAAACAAAAACAAAAACAAAACCCUAAAAAAAAACUAAAAUACAAAGCCUGAGGAGGUAGGGCAGAGGAGUUAACAGAUGGCCUAGGUUUUAGCACAUUCCAGAAGACAUCUGAAGUGGAAAGAGGUCAGGCUGUUCCGAAGGCUUAAAAGGUUAUAGCUCACUCCCCCACCUACUCAGGGUAUUGACAUGUAAAUGAAAUGAAAGGCUGAGGUCCUGUUUUGUAUUUGUGCCCUAAUAUGACAUGCUACCUUGGACUGUCCUGUGUCUUUCUAUGUGUGUCUGUUAGACUAGAUUGUAAGCUCCUUGAGGGCAGGGGCUGUCUCUCCUUUGUCUUUGUAGCCCCAUACCUAGUACAGUGCCUUGCACACAAUAGGCGCUCAAUAAAUGUCUGUUGUCAAUGUUGACCCCUUUAA